AUGAUAGCCUUGCUGUGGAUUCUGCUUUGGAUUCUGCUUCAAGCCGGCGCUGGUCUUGAAGCCUGCUUUCCCGGUUUCCGUCUUAGACGCACGUCAGUCAUGGAAGGAGAGCAGAGGACUUGGGACAGCUUCACCAAGAGGUGCUUCACUUCUCCGGGUGAUGCCAUUGUCGUUACCUACACAGAAGCAUCCCCUUCUUCUCGCUAUAUCCCACGCAUUGCUACUGCCUACAGCAGCACUCUUUACCAACCUCCUUCAAGCAUUCCCACCUCUGAGCUGCAUUUGGUCUCGCAGGAUUUACACACGCAACUGCGGAACGUCAUUCCUCGUAGGCACACAGCAGCUGCCAACAACAUUUGUAAGAGACUGAAUCAAAACAGCCGUCGCACUCAGCCACCCACGAACAGAAAGUCCGCCAUCAUCAACAGAUCGCAGACCAAGAUGGCUCCUGCCAACUUCAAGACCUACGAGUCUCAGGCUCGACUGCUUCGCGCCAUCGUGGCCGCUCACUCCGAAGUCAGAUGGAACUACAAGGAUAUCCAGAAGUUCUACGGUUCGGAUAUGACCAAGGACGCUCUCAACCAUCGGUUCAGAGCCCUCAGGAAUCAAGGAUUUGUCCUGCGGGAAGCCGAUGAGCAGGGUGUGGAUUGCAAGGCCAUCCCCGUGGACCUUCCCAAGGAGAAGAAGGAGAUUGCCAAGUUCUUCGGCGAAUCCACUGCCGAUGGCAUCCAGUUCCAGUUCCGUGGCAUUAAGAAGGACGCUGAGUCCCUUAAGCAGACUGCCAACAGUGGUGGUAACCCCGCCUCUGUCUUGACUUUCACUGGCGGUACUAGCAGCAACGUCUCGACUCCCCGCAAGCCCCGAACCCCGUCCGGUGCCAAGAUCCGCGCCUCGGGCGGUGGUCGUUCAACCACGGCCAAGAAGACCAUGCCGAUCAAGACUGAUCCUAUAUCUGACGAUGACGAGGAGGGUAGUGAUGCCGUCGACUAUAACGCGCUCGAGGACACUCCCUCAAAGACUCGCGUCCACAACGUCAUCGACGGCCGUGUGACCAAGAACAGAGCCACUCCUCGUCGCAGCGCAACGCCGAGCCGCGCCGCUACUAUCGCUGCGGCUGCAACUAUUGCACAAUCCGCUGCCGUCGACCUCACCACCUCCGAUAGUGAGGUAGACACUCCCAACAACGCUUCGGGCUACGAGCUCCCUCCCAUUGCCGAGGCCAAGCCUGCUGCCGUCCAGCACCCGUCCUUUGAGGAGGCCGUUUCUCAGCAUCAGACCAUCAUCCAGCCCGCCGCCGCCAUGGCCAGCUUCACCGGAAACGACAGCUUCUCGCAGUCGAUGGAUGCAGCUAUCUUCAAUCCCAUCAACAACAUGAAUGAUGAGUUCAACUUCAGUUUCGCCGAGAGCAUGGUGAACUCCAACGGCGGCUACGACUCGUCCUUCAUGGGAGCCGACGGAGAGAUCUGA